UCUCUCUCUUCUUCUCCCUCUCCACCUCCUGCUUGCACUGUUCGUCUCCUCAGUAACUGCACCCACCUCCACACCUACACCCGAGAGGCGGCGGCGGCAGACACAGACACCGUCUCUCUCCUCCCUUUGUCGUCGUGUCUCUCUGCAUGGAAGCCUCCGCCGGCUCGUCGCCACCGCACUCCCAAGAGAACCCGCCGGAGCACGGUGGCGACAUGGGAGGGGCCCCCGCGGAGGAGAUCGGAGGGGAGGCGGCGGAUGAUUUCAUGUUCGCUGAAGACACGUUCCCCUCCCUCCCGGACUUCCCUUGCCUUUCGUCGCCGUCCAGCUCCACCUUCUCGUCCAACUCCUCGUCAAACUCCUCCAGCGCCUACACCAACACGGCAGGAAGAGCCGGCGGCGAGCCCUCCGAGCCUGCUUCGGCCGGAGAAGGGUUUGAUGCGCUCGAUGACAUCGACCAGCUCCUCGACUUCGCGUCGCUUUCCAUGCCGUGGGACUCCGAGCCGUUCCCGGGGGUUAGCAUGAUGCUAGAGAACGCCAUGUCGGCGCCGCCGCAGCCGGUGGGCGACGGCAUGAGUGAAGAGAAAGCCGUGCCGGAAGGGACCACAGGGGGAGAGGAGGCCUGCAUGGAUGCGUCGGAGGGGGAGGAGCUGCCGCGGUUCUUCAUGGAGUGGCUCACGAGCAACCGCGAAAACAUCUCGGCCGAGGAUCUCCGCGGGAUCCGCCUCCGCCGCUCCACCAUCGAGGCCGCCGCCGCCCGGCUCGGCGGCGGGCGCCAGGGCACCAUGCAGCUGCUCAAGCUCAUCCUCACCUGGGUGCAGAACCACCACCUCCAGAGGAAGCGCCCGCGCGACGUGAUGGAGGAGGAGGCGGGCCUGCACGUCCAGCUCCCCAGCCCGGUCGCCAACCCACCAGGAUACGAGUUCCCCGCCGGCGGACAGGACAUGGCCGCGGGCGGCGGCACAUCUUGGAUGCCCCACCAGCAGGCAUUCACGCCGCCUGCUGCGUACGGCGGCGACGCGGUGUACCCGAGCGCGGCAGGCCAACAGUACUCUUUCCACCAGGGCCCCAGCACGAGCAGCGUGGUCGUGAACAGCCAACCGUUCUCCCCGCCGCCUGUGGGCGACAUGCACGGCGCGAACAUGGCCUGGCCGCAGCAGUACGUGCCGUUCCCACCGCCUGGGGCUUCCACGGGCUCUUACCCUAUGCCGCAGCCGUUCUCCCCCGGAUUCGGCGGGCAGUACGCCGGCGCCGGCGCUGGCCACCUCUCAGUGGCCCCCCAGCGCAUGGCAGGCGUGGAGGCCUCGGCGACCAAGGAGGCCCGCAAGAAGCGCAUGGCGAGACAGCGGCGCCUGUCCUGCCUGCAGCAGCAGCGCAGCCAGCAGCUGAGCCUGGGCCAGAUCCAGGCCUCCGUCCACCUGCAGGAGCCGUCCCCUCGGUCCACGCACUCCGGCCCGGUCACGCCGUCAGCAGGCGGCUGGGGAUUCUGGUCGCCGAGCAGCCAGCAGCAGGUCCAGAACCCGCUCUCCAAGUCCAAUUCAUCAAGGGCGCCGCCUCCCUCGCUGGAAGCGGCGGCGGUGGCGCCACAGACAAAGCCCGCGCCUGCUGGUGCUCGGCAGGACGACAUUCACCACCGCCUCGCAGCGGCUUCAGAUAAGCGGCAGGGCGCCAAGGCGGACAAGAACCUGCGGUUCCUGCUGCAGAAGGUGCUGAAGCAGAGCGACGUCGGGAGCCUCGGCCGCAUCGUGCUCCCCAAAGAAGCGGAGGUUCACCUGCCGGAGCUGAAGACGAGGGAUGGCAUCUCCAUCCCCAUGGAGGACAUCGGAACGUCGCGCGUGUGGAACAUGCGGUACAGGUUUUGGCCCAACAACAAGAGCAGAAUGUAUCUGCUGGAGAACACAGGGGAAUUUGUUCGUUCCAACGAGCUUCAGGAGGGGGAUUUCAUAGUGAUCUACUCCGAUGUCAAGUCGGGCAAAUAUCUGAUACGGGGCGUGAAGGUAAGGCCCCCGCCGGCGCAAGAGCAAGGCAGUGGUUCCAGCGGGGGAGGCAAGCACAGGCCCCUCUGUCCAGCAGGUCCAGGGAGAGCCGCAGCCGCCGGUGCUCCUGAAGACGCCGUCGUCGACGGGGUCAGCGGCGCCUGCAAGGGGAGGUCUCCGGAAGGCGUGCGGCGGGUUCGGCAGCAGGGAGCCGGCGCCAUGAGCCAGAUGGCGGUGAGCAUCUGAAAGAGCAGCAGACUCCGCCAUAUAUUGAUCGAUCGACCAAUCGAUCGUUAGUUCUCCAAGUUACUAUUAGCUAGCUAUAGCUCGAAACAGCUGAACUGAUGAUGACGAUGGUAACCUCCGUCGUGUGUGCUAAGCAUGUAGCGUGCUAGGAGAUGAUAUAUUAAAUAUAAUCGAGUAGUAGAGCCACCCGCUGUGUGACGCUAAAUUUGUGUGCAUGGUUUGGUUUGUGAGUUGGGCCCGUGCGUGGCUGUGUCAUGUCGUGGUUAAUUAGCUAUACUAGUCCUGUCUGUACAUGCAUGGACAUACCUGAUCUCUCGGCCAUUGGUGUCGGCGACGUGCCAUUCGGCUAACAAGACGACAGCUGCAGCCUGCAGCAAAAGCUAGAACAUUCUACA